UUCAGCUCACUGUAGCUUCACCGAGGAGCCUCAAACUACUAAAUCAGACCAUGGCACCCAAAAAAGUCUGCAUUAUCGGCUCCGGUAACUGGGGCUCCGCCAUCGCCAAGAUUGUGGGUGCCAACACGGCCAAGUACCCCACGUUUGAGGAGACAGUGAACAUGUGGGUGUUUGAGGAGAUGGUGAACGGGCGCAAACUCACCGAGAUCAUCAACACUGACCACGAGAAUGUCAAAUACCUGCCGGGACACAAACUGCCCCCUAAUGUGGUGGCUGUUCCAGAUCUGUUAGAAUCGGUGAAAGGGGCGGACGUCCUUAUCUUUGUGAUCCCGCACCAGUUUGUGAAGAGAACAUGUGACACGAUCAAAGGGCACAUCAAGCCAGACGCAGUGGGGAUGUCCCUGAUCAAGGGUGUGGACGAAGGUCCCGACGGGCUGAAGCUCAUUUCCGAUGUCAUCAAGGAGAAACUGGGAAUCACAAUGACCGUGCUGAUGGGAGCCAACCUGGCCAACGAGGUGGCUGAGGGCAAAUUCUGUGAAACCACGAUUGGCUGUAAGAGUAAAGAACACGGGCCGCUGCUGAAGGAACUCAUGCAGACCACAAACUUUCGAGUCACCGUGGUGGAGGAGUCUGAUGUCGUGGAGAUCUGUGGAGCUUUGAAGAAUAUCGUAGCGGUUGGCGCCGGAUUCUGCGACGGUCUCGGUUUCGGCGAUAACACCAAAGCGGCGGUGAUCCGUCUGGGUCUGAUGGAGAUGAUCGCGUUCGCACGGUUCUUCUGUACGACUAGCACCGUCUCGCCCGCCACCUUCCUGGAGAGCUGCGGCGUCGCUGACCUCAUCACCACCUGCUACGGAGGGCGCAACCGCAAAAUCGGCGAGGCUUUCGCCAAGACCGGCAAGUCGAUCGAGGAGCUGGAGAAGGAGAUGCUGAACGGACAGAAGCUCCAGGGUCCAGCCACUGCAGCUGAGGUCAACCACAUACUCCAGCACAAAAACAUAGUGAACAAGUUCCCUCUGUUCAAUGCAGUCUAUCAGAUCUGCUUCCAGGGCCAUCCAGUCAAAGAGUUCAUCAGCUGCUUGCAGAAUCACCCAGAGCACAUGUAACCCCGGGAUGAGUUUAGCCUGGAAAAACACGUGUGUGAAGGGUCGCGACUCUUUAACCUGUGCCUGUUUUUAAUAGCGUAUUCACCAGAAACAAGAGACUGAAUCGAGACUGAACAGCGGAUGUCCAUAGAUUUUCCAUUUUAAAAGCACCGACAGCGUCAGCAUCACCUUUAUCCACAAGAGCCUUACUGUGUUAGUGUCGCUAACAUUAAACUAACGCAUGGAAGCAUUUCUGGAGCACACUACAUGAACGUUUUUGGGUAUGUUUUGAAGACGUGCCAACUGUCAGUACUGAAAAAGAUCAUUAGGAUUGUAAUGGAGGGGUUAAAAAGUGCCUUAAAUGUCUAGAUAUUAAUCCUGUCCAGAUACUUUAGACACACAGUUAAAGCCAAACAUUAACAUUCACUGAGCACUUCAUUAGGUACACCUAUCUGGCAUGGUUAUUCAUUGAUUAUUUUGUCAUUUGUGGGUAUACAAUUACUGACUGUAACCCAUCUGUUGCUCUGUACACUGUCCUCCCUCCUGGAGCCCAUCCAUCAAUCAAAAGGAACCUUACAGGGCCCCCACUGGCUAGAUGUUAUUUUGGUGGUGGACCGUUCCAGGCACUGGGAUCUGUGUUGUUCUGGUAUGAGUGUAUCAGGUGCCGCAGUGUUGUUGGGAUGAAUGAGAAUGGCGCUCCAACCAAAAAUAUAAAGCCGACAGCGUCCUGAGAUUAGAAAGUGUGCACUGAUGAAAUGUUUGAGCAGUAUUUGAAAAUCCCAACAACAUUGCUGCACCUGCUGCACUCAUACCAGUACAACGUUCACUACCGUGUCAUUACCAUGUUGGUGUUACUGCACUGCUGAGAAUGGUCCAUGAUCCAAAUGACAUCUAGUCUGUGGGCGUCAUAUGGAGUCCUUUUCGAUUGAUUACAAUGGAUGACCUACAGUCAGUAAUUGUAUACCCACUAAUUCAUCUCUAUAAUCAAUGAAUGAAAGUACCAGAGAGGAGCACCUAAUAAAGUCCUUUUAUACGUACGUGUAUUGUGGGUUUUCUGAUAAUCUGUCAAGUCAAAAAUUUAAAUACAGCAAAAGCAAGGUAUGGUACUGGACUAGUGAUCAGAAGGUCGCUAGUUCAAGCCCCACCUUCGCCAGGUUGCCACUGUUGGACCCCUGAGCAAGACCCUUAACCUUCAAUAUCUUACAUUGUAUUCUGUCACAGUUGUAAGUAAAUGUAAAUGGUCUCCUCCUGGGAAAAACCCAACUGUCCUCUUAUGCUGUGAUACUGUAAAGCUUGCUUGACUGUUGUCAGUGUCACCUUGUGUCCCAGCAGCUUCUAAUUCAUGAAAAACUUGGUGGUUCUUGGAUCACAUCUGACCAUCCAGACUCCGCAUGAGAGGACAGUUUGGGUUCUCCGCCGAGGCCGAUAUGAAAUGUCUCCCCUACAAGCGUCUUUAAACUUUUGACUUGAAUUGUGCAACUCAUACGGACGUAACACACGGACGAGACUAAAACGUUUUAAGUAAAUUAUUAAAAUUGUAAUACAAAA